CCCUCCUCUUCUUCUCCUCCUCCGGCUCCAUUGCCCAGGCCCAGCGCCCGGUCCGGCCGGAGAAGGAGGAGGAAGAAGGAAGGAAGGAAGGAAAGAAGGAAGAAGAAGAGGAGGAGGAGGAGGAGGAAGGCCCGCGGGGAGGAAAGAAGCCCCCCCUUCUCUCCUCCCCCCCCCCAACGCUUGUCUCUGAGGCCUCUCUCUUCUUCUUCAUCCUCACCCUCCUCCCUUUCCCUCUUCAUCCUCUUCUCAUUGCUCCUCUUCAUCUUUUUCACCCUUCUUCCUCCUCCUGCUCUUCUUGCUUCUCUUCCUUCCUUCCACCGUUUCUUCUUCCUCCCUCCUCUUCUUCAUCCUCCUUCCCCCCUCCCCUAAUCACUCCUCUUCAUCCUUCUCCUCCUCUUCUCUUCUUCAUCAUCUCUUCCUCCGCUUAUUGCUCCUCUUCCUUCUUCUUCCUCUUGGCAUCCCCUUCCUCCUCCUUUUCCUCCCUUUCUUCUUCAACCCCCUCUUUCACUUCCUCCUCUUCCUCUUCCCUCUCUUCUUUUCUUCCUCAUCUUCAUCCUUUCCCCUUCUUUUUCUUCCUCCCCUUCCUCUUCAGCCUGCUCUUCCUCUUCUUCCCUUUCCCCUUCCUCUUUGCAUCCCCUUCUUCUUUUCCUUCCUCCUCUCCUUCCUCCUCCUCUUCCUCCUUGUCUUCCUCCCCUUCUUCUUCCCCUUCCCCUUCCUCUUCGCACCCCCUUCUUCUUUUCCUUCCUCCUCCUCUUCCUCCUUGUCUUCCUCCCCUUCUUCUUCCCCUUCCCCUUCCUCUUUGCAUCCCCUUCUUCUUCUCCUUCCUCCUCCUCUUCCUCCUUGUCUUCCUCCCCUUCUUCUUUCCCUUCCUGCUCUCCUUCAUCAUCCUCUUCCUCCUCCUUUUCCGCCUCUCCCCCUCCUCUCCCUCCUCCUCCUCCUCCUCUUCCUCUUCCUCUUCCUCCUCUUCUUCCUCCCCUUCCUCUUCAGCUUCCUCUUCCUCCUCCUCCUCUGCUUCUUCCUCUUCCCCUUCUUCCCCUUCCUCCUCCUCCUCCUCUUCGCACCCCCUUCCUCCCCUUCCUCCUCUUCUUCCUCCUCCUGCUCCUCUUCCUCCCCCCUUCCCUCCCCCCGUCCUCCUCCCCCCUCCCCCCCUUCCUGCCCCCCUUCCUCCCCCCACGGGGCCCCCAGCAUGGCCAAAGCGGGGCCCCUGCUGCUCCUGCUGCUGCUCCUCCUGGGACCCCUGGCCUUAGCCCUCCCCUCGCCAGGCCUGCGCCUCCCUCUGCGAGCCGGGACCCCCUCCCCACCGCAAGCCCCCCAAAAGGAGUCUGGGGAGGGGGCCGCCUUCUCGGCCAUGCUGGACAACCUGCGGGGCAAGUCCGGCCAGGGAUACUACCUCCAGAUGACCCUGGGCAGCCCCCCACAGAAGCUGAACAUCCUCGUGGACACUGGAAGCAGCAACUUCGCGGUGGGAGCAGCUCCGCACCCCUUCCUCAGGAGAUACUACCGGCGCCAGCUGUCCAGCACGUACCGGUCCCUGGGGCAGGGGGUCUACGUGCCCUACACGCAGGGCAAGUGGGAGGGGCAGCUGGGCACGGACCUGGUGGCCAUCCCCCACGGGCCCAACGUCACCGUCCGCGCCAACAUCGCCGCCAUCACCGAGUCCGACAAGUUCUUCAUCAACGGCUCCAACUGGGAAGGCAUCCUGGGACUGGCCUACGCCGAGAUCGCACGGCCUGACGACAGCCUGGAGCCCUUCUUUGACUCCCUGGUGAAGCAGACGCGGGUCCCCAACGUCUUCUCCCUCCAGCUCUGUGGGGCCGGAUUCCUGCCCAACGACACCGAGGCCCUGGCUUCCGUGGGGGGCAGCAUGAUCAUCGGGGGCCUGGACCCGACCCUCUUCCGGGGCAGCGUCUGGUACACGCCGAUCCGGAAAGAGUGGUACUACGAGGUCAUCAUCGUCAAGAUCGAGAUCAACGGGCAGGACCUCCAGAUGGACUGCAAGGAGUACAAUUACGACAAGAGCAUCGUGGACAGCGGCACCACCAACCUCCGCCUCCCCAAGAAGGUCUUCGAGGCCGCGGUGAAGUCCAUCAAGACGGCCUCCUCGACGGAGAAGUUCCCCGACGGCUUCUGGCUGGGGGAGCAGCUGGUCUGCUGGCAAGUGGGCACCACCCCGUGGCACAUCUUCCCUGUCAUCUCGCUCUACCUGAUGGGCGAGGCCACCAACCAGUCCUUCCGGAUCAGCAUCCUGCCCCAGCAAUACCUGCGCCCCGUGGAGGACGUGGCCACUUCCCAGGACGAGUGCUAUAAGUUCGCCAUCUCCCAGUCCUCCACCGGCACCGUCAUGGGGGCCGUCAUCAUGGAGGGCUUCUACGUGGUCUUCGACCGGGCCCGCAAGCGCAUCGGGUUUGCCGUCAGCACCUGUCACGUGCACGACGAGUUCCGGACGGUGGCGGUGGAGGGCCCCUUCCCGCAGAGCAACAUGGAGGACUGCGGCUACAACAUCCCCCAGACGGACGAGUCCACCCUGAUGACCAUCGCCUACGUGAUGGCCGCCAUCUGCGCCCUCUUCAUGCUCCCGCUCUGCCUCAUGGUCUCCCAGUGGCGCUGCCUCCGCUGCCUCCAACGGGGACGGGACGACUUCGCCGACGACAUCUCCUUGCUCAAGUGAGCCCUCCGGCGCCCCGUGUAGCCCUCGGUGGCGGUGGGGCCGGCCACGGAGAUGGCGAGAGACAACAGGCUCCGCGGAGGAUGAAGACUCGCCCACCACUCUGACCUUGAGACCCACCUUCGUUUGCGAGACGCCCUGCGGGCGGGGGACCGGCGAGAAGACAAGAACGUUGCUUCCAGCAAUGAGCCAAGGGACGGGCCAUCUCUUCCUCCUUCUGCCCGACUUGCCGGCACCGUGAUGAUGGGGAAGGCGUUGGGGAUUGUGGUGUUCCGGAGCCAUUUCGCAUCCCUCCCGUUGUGGAGUCAACGUCGUCCUAGGUAUGCGCUCUCUCCUUCCGGAAAGAGGGGUGGAGGGGAGACUUCUGCGUGUUGCUUCUGCGUAGAGCCGGUGAGCGUCGAUGUCGUUUCUCCCAAGGGCCUUGUGUGCGUCCGUGUACGUGCGUGCACAUCCGUCUCUCUCUCUCUCUCUCUCUCUUAAAAUAUACGUACAUAGAUAUGCAGAUAUAUAUAGAUAUAGACAUAUAUAAAAGUGAUGGAAGUGGCAGGCAGAAAAAAGGGAGCACCGUGUUGUUGCGAUGUACACACGGUACCCCCUUUGUUGCAGGAAGCAGACCCAUGUUGUGACCAAGACAGGGGGCUCUUGAGGGGCCCCGGUUGGUCCCUAUCAUUUCAGGAGCAACGGCUCCCUUUCCUCAGGACCCUUCCCCUAUUCCGCCCGUCUUCUUACAGCCUUUCUGCUUGUCCCCUGCUAUGGGAGGGGGCUUCUUAGAGAGGCCCCGAUAUUCGUUCAGCUGGACUUUGCUUUGCACCCCACACAUAGAAUACUCCCUCCCAUCUCCCCACGAGCUGGCCUCUGGGGUUGCAGACCCCGCUUCAGGUUAUCUCUCCCUUUGAGACGACCCUCAUCCCUUCCAAGAAGUGACCGUUGACCAUUCCUGGCAUUGACCCAAACAAUCAUGAAGGAAGAGGGGUCAGAUGGGAACCAAAUAGUACAGCCAUGGGCAAACUUCAGCCCUCCGGGUGUUUUGGACUAUGACUCCCAGCAUUCCUAACAGCCUCAGGCCCCUUCCUUCCCCCCCUCAGCCGCUUAAGCGGCUGAGGGGGGAAAGGAAAGGGCCUGAGGCUGUUAGGAAUGAUGGGAGUUGUAGUCCAAAACACCUGGAAAGAGGUCCCAAGUUGGCCCACGAUUGGGCUAGCAUCUCUUCUAACUGACCUCUUCAAUGUUUCAACAAAGGCAUUUGGAUCUAUCCGUCUGCUGCAAUUUUUAGAUGUAGAAAAAGCCUUUGAUAACUUCAAUGUGGCUGUUUGCUGCCAUAGAGAAGAAGCCAGGCCACAUUUCAAGCAGAAUCUGCAACAAACAAUGAUGGUGUUAUCUCUAUAUAAAAGUCAGAGGCAUCUAUAGCGCUAUAGCAGCACCACGGACCCGAUCUAUCCACCCACCGCAUCUUUUUUAGAUGUAGAAAAAGCCUUUGAUAACUUCAAUGUGGCUGUUUGCUGCCAUAAAGAAGAAGCCGGGCCACAUGUCAAGCGGAAUCUGCAGCACACAAUGAUGGUGUUAUCUCUAUAUAAAAGUCAGGGGUAUCUGUAGGGCUGUAACAGCACCACGGACCCGCUCUAUCUACCCACCGCAUCUUUUUAGAUGUAGAAAAAGCCUUCGAUAA